CUCAAACCCGCUCAGGCCCAAGCCCAAUCGAAAUUACCCAAGGUAAAUUCUAUAAAAAGCCCUCACUACUUUGGUUUCUCCUCCAUUUGCAGCAACAAAGAAAAAAAAAAAGAGAUUAAAGAGUUAGAGAGAGAGAGUGAGCUAAGGGGAGUGUGAUCAAAUUUCAGGAGGAGGGUCGCCGGAGCUCGUCACCGGAGUAACCGUGCGCCGUGAUCACGCCCAGCUCAUCACCACCGAUCGCAGCCCUAGACCAUCAUCGUGUUCCUCUCGACGAGACGAAUCCAUAGCCACCAAAAUCGUCGAAAUCGGAGCUCAGACGAAGCCGUACGAGCCUCCAGAAGAUCAGCCUUCGCGCGCGCGUGAAACAGACGCUCCGCCGUCUCUUCGCCGGAGCCGCCGCGCCCGGCCGCCGUCAGUUCGCCGCCGGGAGUCCGCCGCCGCGUCACCACCGCACCGCCGCCGCCGCCGGUGACUUUUCCGAUUUGGAGUCUAUUUGAGCAUCUGGAGUUCAUAGAUACCACUUCUCUACAUUUUCUAAGAUGCCGCCGAGGAGAGCUACUCGUGCCCAGAUCGCCAGAGAUGCUAGAGAGGCUCAGGAUGAGCAUGUUCAGCCCGCAGUUCCUCAAGUUGACCAGGAGGCUAUGAGACAGAUGGUUCAGGAUGCUGCUAGACAGGCUGCUCAGGAGGCAGUUCAGCAGGUUGCUCAGGAGGCAGCCAGGCAAGCCGCUCAAGAGGCUGCCCGAGUAGCUGCACAGGAGGUUGCUCGUCAGUUGGCUGCAGCUCAGCAAGGUCCUCAGGUUCAUGUGCAGCAGGGUCCGCAGAUUCAGGUUCAGCAGGCUCCACCAGUUCAGGCUCAGCAGGAUCAUCAGAUUCCCGAUCAGCAGGUUCCUCUUCCUCAGAUCCCAGUGCAGCAUGUUCCAGCUCAGCAGUUUGCUCAGGGUGUUCAGGAUCUACCGCCACCACCACCGCGACCCCAGGUUACCAGGCUUAUGAUGAGACAUUCUACAGAUUGACGCGCCAUAUGAGAGACAUGGAUAUGGAGCAUUUUAGCGGGACAAUAGAUCCCAUAGCAGCGCACGAUUGGAAGUUAGCGCUUAAGCGGAAGUUGGAGAUUAUUGAGUGUCCACCGGAGUUGUCUCUCAGAUUGACUAUGCAGUACUUGCGUGGAGAUGCUCUUGUUUGGUGGGAAGGAAUUCGAUUGGAUCAUGAUGGACUCGAGAGGCUUACUUUUGAAGAUUUCCGGGAGUUUGAUAGGAAGUACUUUCCGGAAGAGGCUAUGGAUAAGCAGAAGAGUGAUUUUGAUCAUAUAAGCCAGGGGGAGAUGUCAGUAAGAGAAUAUGAGCGGAAGUUUAACCAACUUCGCAGAUUUGCUGGAGGUGGUAUUACAGAAAAAGACUUGAUCAGGAGGUUUUUGAAGGGGAUGCGAGUGGAUAUUCGCAACAGAUGCCGUGUUGUUACUUACCAGAGAUUGGGAGAUUUGGUGGAGAAAGCAGCUGAACAGGAGGAAGGUUUGGCAGAAGAGAAGAAGCUUACUAGAGCAGCUCAGAUUAAGUCUGGGAAAGCUCCGGAGUCCCAGAGGAGAGCAGGAGACCACUCGGGAUCACCGAGAUGUCCUCGUUGUCACCGCAGUCAUAGUGGGCAGUGUGUGAGGUGCCUUGUUUGCGGUAAGCUAGGACACAUUGCGAGGUAUUGUCGGGUUAAGCCAUUGGAUGCGCCACCAGUCGGGCAGAUUAUCGCGCCAACAGCACCAGUAGCGGCAAACCAGUUUUGUUAUGGCUGUAACCAGACGGGUCAUUUCGUCAGAGAUUGUCCCAGGAGGGGCAAUGCAGCGCUUCCACCACCACCGAAGCGCCUAGCCAUCGCCCCACGUGUGUUUACGGUUGGAGAUGCCCAGGGAGCCGAGCCGAUAGCGGGUAUGCUUCUUAUUUAGACUUGUUGUGUUUUGAGUAUUUUGGUUUUGUGGUUAUCAUUUGUAGUUAGUAAAAAAUCUAGUGUAGGAUUGGUUUCGGUUGGAGGUGAGCCAGCUCACACCUUAUUCGAUUCGGGAGCUUCUCACAGUUUUGUGAGCCCGCGUUUGGUCAAGUCGUGGUCUUUCCGAGGUGUCUUCGAACCGAAGGCUAAGCAGAUUCAGACCGCCGGUACAGAGAGAUUGGGAACAAUCGGAGUUCAUCGUGAUGUACCAGUUAUGCUUGGAGGAGUUGACUUGCUUGGAGAUUUGACGGAGAUGGAGAUGAGUUUCUACGACGUCAUACUUGGGAUGGAUUGGUUGACGAGACAUCGAGUUGUAUUAGAUUGCCCGGAAGCAAGAGUUAGUAUUCCAAGAGCAGAGGGAAGAUUACAUUUGAGGGAGCCCAGACAUAUCAAGGGGUUUCUAUCGUCUCCAUGUUACGUGCAGAGG